UUGAAAACUGAACCCAGUGCACCACAGUACGCCCUAGAGUUCAUAUCGGUGGCGUAAAUCGCGGCACCGUUUUAUAGUUGCUGUGUUUAAUCACAUUUUCAGCCGUAAAAAUGGCCAGCCUGGUGAGAUGUGCAGUGUAUUUGUUAAUAGCGCUGAGUGCAACCAGCCUCUCCGCAAGGGGAGAGAGCACUCCAAGGGAGCCAGGCCAACAGCAUCCCCGUUCUGAUCGGCGAGUCUUCCAGAGCGUCCCAAUAUACGAUAAGCAAGAGGAGGAAUCAGAAUACUGGCGCACCGUAGCACAGCGUUCGUUGCAGCAUCAGGCAGCACAUCCGAGGAGCGAACGCAAAGCAAAGAAUGUGGUGUACUUCAUCGGUGAUGGCAUGGGGCUGUCGACGGUCGCCGCCGCCAGGAUGUAUCUGGGCAACGAAAACAUGUACCUUUCGUUCGAAAAGUUCCCGUACUUUGGACUCGCCAAGACGUACUGCGUCAAUCGCCAGGUGGCCGAUUCGGCCUGUACCGCCACCGCCUACCUUUCGGGGGUGAAGAUCAACUACGGUAUGCUGAAUGUGGCGGCCAGCGUGAAACGGUCCAGCUGCGAGUACGAUCGCAAUGCGACCGAGUUUAAGGGUCUGCUCGAGUGGGCACAGCAGGCGGGCAAAGCGACGGGAAUCGUAACGACAACCCGCAUAACGCAUGCCACCCCGGGCGGUACGUACGCUAGCAGCGCUGAUCGUGACUGGGAAGAUGAUACCGAGGUGAAUAACGAUUGUCCGACGACACGGCAGGAGGACAAACCGGUCGAUAUUGCUACCCAGCUCGUGUAUGGUAGCGUCGGAAAGAACCUCAAAGUAGCGCUCGGUUGUGGACGUCGGCAUUUUAUUCCUGCCGACGUGAAGGAUGAGGACGGUAAGGCGGGCAAGCGCUCCGAUGGUGUGAACCUGAUCGAGGCGUGGAAGGAAGUGCAUGCCGACAUGGGUGAGGCACGGUACGUGUCGGACAAGAAGAGUCUGCUGGAGGCGGCCAAGAGCAAGAAGCUGGACUAUCUGCUCGGACUGUUCGACAGCAGCCACUGUUUGUACAAUCUGGAGAUCGACGAUCAGAAGCUGGGUGAUGUGAAACCGAAGCUGACGGAUAUGGUAGACGCGGCACUGUCCAUGCUGGAGGACAGCAAGCAAGGCUACGUGCUGUUUGUGGAAGGUGGACUGAUCGAUACGGCGCAUCACUCGAACCGACCGCGUCUUUCGCUGGAGGAAACGAAAGAGUUUCACAAAGCGAUCGAACUGGCCCGCACCCGCACGAGCGAGGAGGAUACGCUGAUCGUGGUGUCGUCGGACCAUAGCCACACGCUGAUGUACAAUGGAUAUCCGACCCGUGGCAACGACAUACUGGGCAUCGGGGACAUCAGCGAUAAGGAUGGUCUACCGUACACCACGCUCAGCUACGCCAACGGUGAAGGGUUCUACCAGACGUACGCCGAUGGCAACCCGUCCAAGCGGCUCGACGUAACCGGGUACGACUUUAGCGACUAUCGACAGCGCUAUCUGGCCACCGUGCCACUAUCAUCGGAGACGCACGGUGGCGAAGACGUCGGCGUGUAUGCUAGCGGCCCCGGUGCCCAUCUGUUCGGUGGCAGCACGGAACAAAACGUGAUACCGCUGCUGAUAGCGUACGCCGCCAACAUUGGCGAUGAGUUCGGGUGGGUGACGAGCACCGUACCGGACGAUGACAAUGCUGCCAGCCUGCAGUCGAUGUCUCAGCUUCUGCCCAUGUGUCUGGCGGUGGUUUGUGCAUUCGCCCGGCAGCUGUACCGGGUGGUGCUGGAGUAGCUGGGUUUAUCAUUAUUCCGCACCACCUGACGGGCGGUGCACUCCAAAGGUCGUACUAACAAUGAAAUCGGAUCUUGACGGCAGUCUUCCUGGUGUGUUUAUUGCUCGCAGGCCCAGGGUCGCUUAUUGUAUUAUCAAACAAUUUAGGGUUUGUGUGUUUUUUUUGUAUUCUGCGUGAUUCUCUAUUCCGAUGAGGCCCAUCGAGAAUGUAAUCGCCUACACCAUAGACUGUAUCUGAUCCUCUGCCCGAGUGUGGCAUUUAUCUCUGACAGUUUGAGCUUGAUAACGCUUGCGUUUUUUUGAAAUAAACCAAUCGCUUUAUGAGAGGGCAGCUAAACGAA